UUAGAUGGACAUAAAAAAGCUAAGCAUAUGAAAACUCUCAGCUUUUUCCUUGCCUCCUUCCUUCACAAAUAUCACCAGCCUGUCAAAAUUUAGCCUUUUAAAACUAUUUAACUUCCAUCUUUAUAUAUUAUUUGUUUAUUAAUCCUUAUUUAGUUUAAGCAUUUCCUUAGCUGUGAAUUCCCAUUAUCCAUCUCUCAUUCUCUCUCCCUCUCCCCCUCUCUCUCUGUAUCUCUCUAUCUCUUCUUCCACAGAGCUUUUAUUCCAAUACUGAUUGUUGAAAAAAUUCUGUAGUAAUCUCUCAGCUUUUGGAUUAUUUUUUUCUGUUAUGCUUUGGAGCAAGUUGGUAGAUAAAGCAUAUAUAGUAGUUAAGGAAAGUGUGAGUCUUAUGUGAGUUUUGUGGCAUGAGCAUAGAACAUGUGAUCAAUGAGCUUCUUUGGAGAGAAUCACAGCUUGGCCACUCUUCUUUUCAGGCAUGGGAACAAAGACGGGUGAGCGAAUUAGGACGAACCCCCUUGGCUUAAAGAGUGUUGAUCGCAGUGGUUUCAUCAGUUUUGGCGUUAAUGGUCGAGGAAAAUCGUCAAAGGAUACGUUGACUGACGACAAAGAAGAGGAGCAAGGAGGCGUUUCUAUUAUUAGGUCAAUGGAUAGGUUUCUUGAAAAGCAAAAUGCUGAAUCGAUCAGACAUACAAUGCAAGCUCAAGAAGAUACUUUUAAGCAACAGGUACGAGAGCUACAUAGAGUAUAUAAUACACAGAAAAUGAUGAUGAAUCAACUCAAACAUAGAAGCCAAUAUUGGACUGUCGACAACAACAAAGACCAAACCGGUUCAAGAGAGAGAACCGGAAGUUGUUCAGGCAUAGACCUCGAAAAUGUGGUUAGAGCAACACAAACGACGACGGAUCAUAUCGAAGAGAGCGAACUAGAAUUGACACUGAGCAUCGGAUUGUCUUCUUCAUCAACUACUAUGACGACGACGACGAACAAGGACAUGGACUACUCGUCGACGACGUCGUUGAGAUCAUCAUCGGAUAAUUGUAAUAAUCAGAGCAAUAACAAUAAUAAUAACAGUAAUAAUAACCAAGAAAGUAGCGGACCAAACACGCCUAUGAGCAGCUCAAGUACGACGUCGUUGGAUCGAGAGAAGAAGAGACCUCAUUGGCUUUUUCAAGGACUUAGUAUUAACCGAACCUCUUCUUGAUUUUUGUUAAUUCACUGACCUUUUCUUUUCUUCUUCUUCUUCACCUUCUUCUCAUUUUUUGUUUACUUGUAUCUGAUUUCUUAGUAUUGUUCUUACUACCAGAUUUACUGAUUUCACAUUUAGCUCAAAUUAUCUUU